AUAAACUCAUCCGUAACAACUACAAUUGCAUGUCUAUCAAUAUUUAUGAGAAUUGUUAUAAACAAUUAUAUUUAUAUUCAAUUAUUUCUCAGGACUACCCGGUACGAUGGAUAAAGAACACAAACUUUCCCCCGGAGGAAGUCUUGACAGUGGGCUUGGUAGUGAACUUUCGAGUCAGGUUGAAAAAGGCGUCCAUUUUCCUUCUCAGAAUGGGACCAAAAAUGACAGUGUGGAGAUUGGAGAACCAGUCAAAAUUAUGGAACGUGGCCAAUGGGGUGGUAAACUUGAAUUCAUAUUGACCUGUGUUGGAUACGCUGUAGGUCUGGGUAAUGUCUGGAGAUUCCCUUACCUGGCUUUUAAAAAUGGUGGUGGUGCCUUUCUCAUUCCAUACUGGUUCAUGCAACUUUUUGUCGGAAUGCCGCUUUUCUUUAUGGAGCUGUCAUUUGGACAAUUUGCUAGUCUAGGUCCAUUGGCAAUAUGGAAAGUCAACCCACUCUUUAAAGGUUUGGGUUACUGUUCAGUGAUAGUUUCAGCCGUCAUAGGAUUGUAUUAUAAUGUUAUCAUCGGCUAUUGUUUCUUCUUUUUCUUUGCAUCAAUGUCUGAUCCGUUACCAUGGAGUCAGGAAGUGACGUCACAUAAUAAUACAAACAGUACAGUUUUAAUUCCAAGUAAUUUCACUAACACCACUGGAACAGAAAGAUCCAAAAGCGAGGAAUUCUUUUAUGAUAGAGUAUUGAAUAUGUCCGAUGGUCUACAUGAUUUCGGAGCAGUUAGAUGGGAACUAGCUCUGUGCUUAUUGUUAGCAUGGGUAGUUGUCCUGGCAGUUUUGGCAAAAGGAAUCAAAAGUCUUGGAAAGGUUGUGUAUUUCACAGCAUUGUUUCCAUAUAUAAUACUGCUGGCUCUGUUCAUUAGAGGAGUUACCUUAGAUGGUGCUUCUGACGGAAUAUAUUAUUAUCUUACACCACAAUGGGACAGACUAGCAGAUUCAACCGUAUGGAGUGACGCUGCCACUCAAGUAUUCUUUUCACUCAGUGCCUGUUCUGGAGGUCUAAUUCUCAUGGCCAGUUACAACAAAUUUGACAAUUUUUGUCUUCGAGAUGCUUUAAUUGUACCAAUUGUAGAUUGUUUAACGAGCUUCUUUGCUGGAUUAGUAAUAUUUACCGUUCUUGGUUUCAUGGCUCACCAAAAAGGUGUUACUAUUGAUGAGGUUGCAAGGGGAGGUCCGGGUUUGGCAUUCAUUGCUUACCCAGAAGCAAUUUCCAACAUGCCUGCUCCAACAGUGUGGGCUGUUCUUUUCUUUUUCAUGAUGCUUAUAAUUGGUUUCAGUUCCGAGUUCUCAAUAAUGGAAACUGUCAUGGCAUCCUUUAUAGAUGAAUAUGCAUUUACUUUGAGAAAAAACUGGAGAAAUUCAGCAAUUUUUCGUGUGACAGUGUGCAUGUCUUUCUACUUGCUUGCUUUGCCUAUGACAACAAGGGGAGGAUUUUACUUGUUUGAAUUGGUGGACAACUCCAUUAGUGGUUUCCCAUUGCUUUUUGUUGGACUGUUUGAAUGUAUUGCUAUUAACUGGAUUUAUGGCUACAAACAAUUUGCUGACGACAUUGAAAUGAUGUUGGGUAAACGGCCUUGUUUCUAUUGGAGAUUUUGUUGGUCCUUUUUCACGCCACUCGUACUGUUUGUUGUCAUUGUGUUUAAAGCAUACCAGUAUGAACCAUUGACACUGGAAGAUUAUGAAUAUCCGGACUAUGGACUUGCUCUGUGGUGGCUUAUUUGUUUGUUUCCAAUAUUAGCCAUUCCUACUGUGUUUCUGUUCAAAUACAUCCCAAGGCGUCAGUUAGGGGUCAGAACGCUUAUGAAGCCUACAUUAGAGUGGGGACCGGCCUUCGAAGAAAACAGACGGGGUACAAAAUAUGAAAGAAUUAAAAAUCCAAUUUAUGGAAAAACCAAUCUGUCAUAUAUACAUGAUGAACAAUCGGAUUCAAACUAUCUAAAUUCAAAACUGUCAAAUGAACCUCCACCAACUUAUCAGGAAUCAACACGAAUGUAACAAGAAUAUAAAUUAAAUAACAAACAUUACAAGUGCAUUUGUUUUAUGAUACCAAAACUAC